UAUGUCAAAUCGAGUGAACCUAAAUCCGAAAAGUGAGGUUGUGUAUAGAAUAAAGUUAUGUGAUUUGAUUUUAUUUUGACUUAUAGAAAACUCCAGCAAAUGAUUUGAGAUUUAUACAGCAUAAUGGCAUAUCGUCUCUUUAAUAGUUGUAGGAAAAUUGAAAAUUUAGUGUGGAAAACAUUCAAGCAGUGUAAUGUACAUACUUCACAGAUAAACUUUUCAUUGAAACAAGCAGUACUGAACGAAUUCAGGAUAUUUUGUGAAAAACCACCUAAAGGGUUCGAAAAGUAUUUCAAACCAGGUGGUGCAAAGAAUUUGAAAGAACCUGUGAAAGAAGGAAAAGCUGCAAAAGAUACAAAACCGGAACAACCCAAAGAAGCACCUAAACCACCUCCUCCAAGUUCUACGGGUCCUAGUGGUUCGAAACCUUACGAACAAUGGUCUUUUGGACUUUUUGGAGGAACAGGCAGGGGAGGUAGCGGUGGUAAACCUUUUGGAGAUAAUGAGAGAGACAAAUGGUACGUACUGGGAGCUGCAGCAGCUGUAGCAUUUCUAGCAACUGUUACGAUGUGGGAAAUGGGAUACAAAGAAAUAGGCUGGAAGGAAUUUGUACAUAACUAUUUACAAAGAGGAGUUGUUGAUAAAUUAGAAGUUGUGAACAAGAAGUGGGUUCGGGUGAAACUUUUACCUGGUAAUACAGUAGAAGGAGCUAAUGUCAUUUGGUUCAAUAUCGGGAGUGUAGAUUCCUUUGAAAGAAACCUUGAAAAUGCGCAGGUAGAAAUGAACUUGGAGCCUGCUAAUUUUGUACCUGUAAUUUACAAGACUGAGAUAGAAGCGGCUAGUCUCUCAGGAUUGCUUCCAACUCUCCUCGUCAUUGGAUUUCUCAUCUACAUGAUGAGAAGGUCAGCAGAAAUGAUGGGUGGAAAAAGAGGAAAGAGGGGAGGCGGCCUCUUUGGGGGAGUAAUGGAAAGUACAGCUAAACUCAUAAAUUCAAAUGAUAUUGGAGUUAAAUUCAGAGAUGUUGCUGGGUGUGAAGAAGCAAAAAUAGAAAUUAUGGAAUUUGUAAAUUUUCUGAAGAAUCCUCAACAAUAUAUAGAUCUUGGCGCUAAAAUUCCUAAGGGGGCAAUGCUCACAGGACCUCCUGGUACUGGUAAAACUCUACUAGCCAAGGCGACCGCUGGGGAAGCCAACGUGCCUUUCAUCACAGUAUCCGGUUCGGAAUUUCUCGAAAUGUUCGUCGGUGUUGGUCCGUCCAGAGUGAGAGACCUCUUUUCCAUGGCUAGAAAACAUGCCCCUUGCAUACUAUUCAUAGAUGAAAUCGAUGCAGUUGGCCGGAAAAGAGGCGGUAGAAGUUUUGGAGGUCAUUCCGAACAGGAAAACACACUCAACCAGCUUCUGGUCGAGAUGGAUGGGUUCAAUACCACAACUAAUGUCGUAGUUCUAGCCGCUACAAACAGAGUAGAUAUCUUAGACAAAGCUUUGCUUCGACCUGGGCGAUUCGACAGACAAAUAUUCGUGCCAGCUCCCGAUAUCAAAGGCAGAGCUAGUAUUUUCAAGGUACAUCUGGGACCACUGAAGACGCUCCUCGACAAAACCGAUUUGGCUAGGAAGAUGGCGGCUUUAACGCCUGGCUUCACUGGCGCUGAUAUCGCUAACGUUUGCAACGAAGCUGCGCUCAUAGCCGCCCGAGAUUUGAACGAUUCGAUUACUAUGAAGCACUUCGAACAAGCCAUUGAACGAGUUGUAGCAGGAAUGGAGAAGAAAACGAACGUUUUGUCGCCCGAGGAAAAAAAGACAGUAGCCUACCACGAAGCUGGACACGCAGUUGCUGGGUGGUUUUUACAGCAUGCCGAUCCACUUCUCAAGGUGUCGAUCAUACCAAGAGGGAAAGGGUUGGGCUACGCACAGUACUUGCCUAAGGAUCAGUAUUUGUAUACUAAAGAGCAACUGUUCGACCGAAUGUGCAUGACUCUAGGAGGUAGAGUGUCGGAGGAGCUUUUCUUUGGAAGGAUAACAACAGGCGCUCAGGAUGAUUUGAAGAAGGUGACGCAGAGCGCGUAUGCGCAAGUAGUACAUUACGGUAUGAACGCGAAGGUUGGCAAUGUGAGUUUUGAUAUGCCUCGCGAAGGAGAGAUGAUGCUGGAGAAACCUUAUUCAGAAAGCACAGCUCAGUUGAUCGACGUUGAGGUUAGGAAAUUAAUUGAUAAUGCGCACAAACGGACAACGCAGUUGCUCACAGAGCGUAAAGAUCUAGUCGCUAAGGUAGCGGAGAGGUUGUUGAAGCAAGAAAUUAUCAGUAGAGAUGACAUGAUCGAAUUGUUGGGAAAGAGACCAUUCCCUGAGAAGUCGACCUACGAGGAGUUUGUUGAAGGAACUGGUUCUUUCGAAGAGGAUACGACGCUGCCUGAAGGUUUGAAGGAAUGGAAUAAAGAGAAAUGUAGGGAGAAUCCAGUCACUACACAACCUCCACAAGUUUAGGUACUGUUUUGCUUGUUUCCCUCUGUAGUCGUAAUGUAAAGUAUUUUAACUAGGCAUUUCAUAAUUUUCAUCAAGUGUGAUAUAAACAAUAAACAUUGCGAAUGUACUAUUUUCUGUAAGAGUUUUAUUAUUCAUUAUUUCAUAAGACUCUGAGUCUUGAAUUGUUGAAUAUAGGAGGAACUUUUGUUGGAGGGACUUUUAUUAUUUUUUCAUCAGGUACCAUUAAAUUGCUCUUUACGUUG